UUUAUGUUGUUUAUCUUUGUGGUCUCUGUUUAUUAAUCACAAUUACAAUUGAUCUUUUUUUUAAUUGUUUCUUUAAUUGAUACGAUUUUUUCUUCUUUUUUUAUUUAAUUUGAUUGUUUAGGUUUUUUAACUGCAAGUGAUUUAAGGUGAAAGCUUUGCACAUCUUUACACAAUCUCUACUCAAAAUGGCUGCAUUACCAAGAAGGAUAAUCAAGGAAACUCAAAGGUUAAUGGCUGAGCCUGUACCUGGAAUCAGUGCUAUUCCCGAUGAACAUAAUGCUAGAUACUUUCAUGUUGUAGUUGCUGGACCAGAAGGGUCUCCCUUUGACGGUGGUGUAUUCAAAUUAGAGCUUUUCCUUCCCGAGGAAUAUCCAAUGUCUGCUCCCAAAGUUAGAUUUAUGACAAAAAUUUAUCAUCCAAAUAUCGAUAAAUUGGGUAGAAUUUGUUUAGAUAUUCUAAAAGAUAAAUGGAGUCCAGCUCUUCAAAUUCGCACGGUUCUAUUGUCAAUCCAAGCUCUUCUAUCAGCACCAAAUCCUGAUGAUCCAUUGGCCAAUGAUGUUGCCGAACAAUGGAAAGUUAAUGAAACCGAGGCUAUUAAAACAGCUCGAGAUUGGACUAGACUAUAUGCAUUACAAUAAAGUGUAUGUGUGAUGCUUGAAAGAGAUUGAAGGAUAAAUUUCUCAACUCGAACAAGAAAAAAAAAAUACUAUAUACCAACAUUCUGAAUUAAGAAAUUAACUUGGAGGAUUAUUUUGUGGAUGAUUAAGCUGUUAAUCUUAAUUGUUUACUAAUUUUUAAUUCCUUCUAACCACUUACUUUGAUUUCUUGCCUUUAUUUUCACUCUCUCUCUCAACCAAAUACAACUUUUCAAUAUCAUUUUCAUCUCUUUCUCUUUUCUUGAUCUUGUUUAAUUAUCUAUUUCUCUCUCUCUUCCAACACAAACAAACAAAAAACCAAACCUUUUCUAGAGAUAUACUUACAAUUACAAUUAUAAUUGAUGAACAAUUUAAUUCAAAUGAGAAAACUAACAUUGGGUGUAUUUAAUCACUUAACGAUAGUCAUUAAAUUGCUCCGAACUUAUAAUGAAAAAAAACAA